AUGAGGGACAAGGUGAAAACGACACGAGGGCCACAGUCACUGUCCACAAGUGACCAUGGGUCACGGCUAUGGUAUGUGGUACACAACGAGGGGAGACUGAUCAACAAAAGCGACAAGCCGCGGAACGACGACAAGCGAAGCGACUGGGUCACUAGAGGAGCAUACUGCGACCUGGACGCAGCGCACACUACACAGCAGGACUUGUGCAUCGCGGACAUUACGUUCAUCUGCGAGCGGCGCACGGUUGUUGCUACCGCCCACAGAGACUAUGAUUCCACGCUGCAGCACACUGCUGUUGUGGAACCGGCCCCUCUGGGAAAAACGACAGAAAUAAGGCGGCAGGCUGCCUGUUUCGUGAACGAGCGUGUUUGGAUGAACAAUCCAAUCUGCACAAUAAUACGAGAGGCAGACUUCAUAUGA